AUGGCAAUCACAAACGAAUCGAUCUGGGCCGCCAGCCCGUCCACUGCGCGGGGUCAGCCCACCCAGCUCUCCUCCGAUGCGAAAGGGGAACGCCUCGCAUAUGCGUCGAAUAAAUCCAUCUUCGUACGUUCGAUUGACGACCCGGCAGUCGCACGGCAAUACACCGAACACAAAACACAGACCACAGUCGCCCGGUUCGCCCCGUCUGGAUUCUAUGUCGCUAGUGGAGAUGCUAGUGGUAUAGUCCGAGUGUGGGACUGUGUCGGCGAUGGACUUACAAAGGGCGAAUACAGCAUUGUUAAUGGCCGGAUCAACGACAUUGCUUGGGACGGCGAUUCUCAGCGCAUCAUCGCCGUCGGAGAUGGAAAGCAAAGAUACGGGCAUUGCAUUACCUGGGAUAGCGGAAACACUGUCGGCGAGAUUCGCGGCCAUACUCAGCCCAUCAAUACUGUUUCGAUUCGUCAACAACGACCAUUGCGCGCUGCCGCGGCUGGUGAUGACAUGAACAUGGUCUUUUAUCACGGAGCGCCGUUUAAAUUUAACAACGGCAUUCGUGACAAGCAUACUAACUACAUAUAUGGCGUUGGCUUCAGCCCCGAUGGCUCGACAUUAGUCAGUGUCGGUGCCGACAGAAAGAUCUGGUUGUAUGACGGCAAGACUGGGGAGGCUAAAGGUCAAAUUGGAGAAGGCGAGCACAAAGGAAGCAUCCUCGCUGUUUCGUGGUCCAAAGACUCACGCAAGUUCGUCACAGCAAGUGCGGAUAAGACCGUCAAGAUAUGGGACGUGGAAGCUGGCAAGGCCAUUCAGAACUGGUAUAUUGGUGGCGAAGGAAGUACAAACGUUCAGGAUCAACAGGUUGGCGUGGUCUGGCCCCCAGGCAGGAGCGACAACUUGCUCAUUAGUUUGUCACUAAGCGGUGACCUGAAUUACCUUGUUGAAGGCACACCAGAGCCAAGACAAGUCGUCCACGGCCAUCAAAAGAACAUCACAUCUUUGACCACAUUUGGCUCGGGUGGAGAUGAAACACUAUGGACUGGAAGCUUCGAUGGAAGAGUGUGCAGUUGGAAUGUUCCAAAGGGAACCGCGGAGGACAUUGAAGGAGAUCGUCACCCUUCCUACAUCGCAGGUCUCGCACCAACCCAGGAAGGCACAGGGAGAAUAUACAGUGUUGGAUGGGAUGAUACUAUUCGUUCGAUCGACGUCGGAGCCAAAACUUACACCGGCACUUCGUCAAAGUUGUCUGGACAGCCCAAGGCCAUUGCCGCUGGAAACGCAACUGUCUUGGUGGCGACGCCCGAAACGGUUGAGAUUCACAAAGACGGUCAAAAAGUAGGAGAUUUCAAGGCGGACUCUGUCACUGCUGUGGCUUCGCAUGGCAACAUAGCAGCGAUCGGACGCGAAGACGCCACAGUCCAGAUUUGCGACAUCUCGGGGUCCACAUUGACACCAAAGAGGGAUAUCAAGGGAUCCCAAGACCCCGUGUCUGUCCUUGCUUUCUCACCGGAUGGCUCCAAUAUUGCUAUCGGCGACUCGCGUGGUCGUGUGCUUGUGUACAAAGUUGCCGACGGCAGCUUGGUGGUUGACCGUUGGACAGCGCACACGUCUCGAAUCACCUCCAUUGCAUGGAACAGCAAUGGCACCCACGUUGCCAGCGGUGGCUUGGACACAAAUAUAUUCGUUUGGAGCUUGACAACACCAGGGGACUGGCUGCAAGUGUCACAUGCCCACAAGGAGGGAGUCAACGGUGUCGCAUGGAUUGCUGGCGGCUCCAAAAUUGCCUCUGCUGGUGUGGAUGCAGCGGUCAAGGUGUGGCAGGUCGAGGGAUUGAGAUAG